AUGUCACUCCUUUGCACGAUCAAACGUGCCAAGAAUAAGCAGCAGAUCGGCAACUUCUCCAAGGCACUCAACCGUUUUCAGAAAGAAGACCCGACGUUCCGCGCUUUUGUUGAUGAUGACAGCAAGGAGACAGUCAUAAGCGGUAUGGGCGAGCUUCAUCUGCAGAUCUACGUGGAGCGUAUGAAGCGUGCAUACAGCGUGGACGUGGAAACCGGCGCGCCGCAAGUGAACUACCGCGAGACGAUUCGCCAGCACAGCGAGUUCAACUAUCUUCAUCAGAAGCAAACUGGCGGGCGGUUCGGGUCAAUUCGCGCGUGUGUCACACUCGGUAGAUUCCAGCGAGCUUGCUUUCCGCACAGCUAUGGUGCUAGCUAUUCGCCAAGCGUUUAUGAAGGCCAACCGUGGAUCGUCGAGCCCGUCAUGGCGUUGGAGGUGGAAGUGCCCAACGAGUUCCAAGGUACGGCCAUUGCCGAGGUGAACCGUUGCCGCGGUCUCAUUAACAGCAGCGAUGCCGAUGACAUGCACGCGGUCAUUAAGUGCGACGUACCACUGCAAAACAUGUUUGGUUUCUCGACGGAUUUGCGGUCAUCCACUCAAGGCAAGGGCGAGUUCACGAUGGAGUACAAGACACAUGGCAUUGUCAUGCGUGACAUGCAGGAGAAGCUGAUGAGCGAGCACGAAAAGGCGCAAGCGGCUAAGAACAAGUAG